GUGAUGCUGUGACUUGGCAAGAGAAGGAGAAAGCGUGGAAAGAUAUAGAAAUGACUUUCAAUAGUAGAGGAUUAGGGCCUUUUCGUGAUGCGAAGCACCUCAAAAUUAAAUAUGAGGCGAUAAAAAAAAUACCAGAAAAAAAGCUAGUACCAUCCGCGCCGAGUUAUAUAAGACAGGUGGUGGAAUAAAUGAAGCACCACCUUAUACAGAAACAGAAAAGAAAGUCAAAGAAAUGAUCUUAUUAUCUGUUGAAGAGGAAGAGAGCAUAUGUGAUUCUGAUCAAAUUAUUAUUGAAGAGAAUAGAACUGAAGGAUUUGUGCCAUUGGAGCCAAAUAUAAAAGUUAUUUACAUGGAGCAGAAUAGCGAUUCGGGUGAUAAUCAUAGACAAACGGAACAAGAAAAACCUCUUUCUCCAUCAGUUCCUUCAUCAAAUUCAAUAGAAGGAGAAGCAAAUGAAAAUACAUGGAGCCAAUGGAAACCUGCUUCCCUAAAAACAAAAAAACAUCCUGCUUUGUGCCAACCAAAAGAGAAAAGGGUGUUUGAUAAAUUGGGUGAAGCCAAACUUGCCUUGGUGGAAUUGCAGAAAGAGGUAUUAGAAGAAGAAUUGAAGGAGAAGAGAAAGAAGAAUGAAAUUUUGGAAGGAGAAGAAAAACAGAAAAUGGAAAUCCAUGAGCUACAGAUGAAAAUGUUGCGAGAGGAAAUUCUGCACAAAACAAGUAUGCAGAAAAGCAUGAAAGAAGAGCAAAGUAAAUUGUAUGAUUUGAAAGAGAAGGCACUUUUAUUGGAGAUUGAGAAGAACAAAAAUGUAUGCUCAUGCAAUAAUAAAACCGUGAAUUAA